AUGAGUAAUGAAAAUUUACCAAUAUCAAACACUUUAUCUCUUACCUCAAGAUAUUUUAUACCUACAUUAAAAAUAUCAUCACCAUUUACAUCAAAUGAUUGGAUGGUUUAUUUUAAUUCUAAAUUUGUAAUACUUGCAGCAACCCUUUUUCCUGGUAUUGGAUGUUAUGCAUGUAUUGCUUAUACAUAUCUUUUCCAGUUUAAUAAAAUUGUAAACUUUGCUUCAGAUCAUUGUAAUGGUACUAUGUCAUACAUUCCACCUGUAAGUUAUUCAAUAGGUGUUUGGAAACCGCAAAAAUUUUUUUGGUUAUCAGUUUUAAUGCUACAUGUUCCUCCAAGAAUUAUUUAUGUUGAUUUAUGUAUUAAAUUUUUCUUACGUGGACCAAAUGCUUCAAAUUCCGAUAACUAUUAUUUUCAUAUUCUUUUGUCAAUUCAUCGUUUUUUAAUGCAUCUUGAGAUAUGGGCUUUAGUUGGUGUGUCAAUCUUUGAUAUUGAAUAUAAUUUUCUUAUACAUGCAACAUUUUUUGGAUUUUGGCUUGCUUCAUUCAAUUUUAAUAUGUUAUUUAGUAUAAUCUUACAAUAUCAAUCUGGGAUAAAUGAAACAGUCUCAAAGUAUUACACAUUAUUUAAAAUAAGAACAUUUAUAUAUAUUGUCGGAUGUCCUAUCUCUUUAACAGCUUCUGCCAGUUAUAUUUAUUAUUUAAAAUCAUGUAAAGAUUUAGCUUAUGUUACUUUUGCUAUAACAGAAUACACGACAGUUGGAAUAAACAGUUUGUUCUACCUUCUUAGUUAUAUUGAUGCAGACAAAAUGAAUCUUGAUAUUGCUGUCGUACCAUCAGUUUCAGGAAAGUCAAAAAAUAAAAUGUGCGCAGUGUAA